GGGACUACUGAUUAACCCAGUGCUGCUGUCAACACCAACAACUCCCUGCACCAGUCAUCACGGUCACCACAGUCAAGGUCAAGGUCACGUUCUCAUCUUCACUUGAGGCUGAGGCUGUCACUGUCCUGUGUUGUGUCUGCGUCUGCCAGCCUGCGCUCAUUAAUCACCACCACAACUGCCAAACCCUUUCCUGACCAACGUUCACUUUGGCUACACACCUGACUUCACGCUUGACGCUGAUUGACAUUAGACACACACCACGCCCUCUUUCAAUUGCCCCCUGUGUUCCUUCACUCAAGCUUCACCGUUUGAUGCGACGACUCACAACAUCAUUACCCACUCUCUCAGACUCACCAAACCUCAACCUCCCUCCUUCCACCCAAGAGUCGCGAAUCCCACACAUCCCCAGCUCCCACCUACACCACCUCGUCCUCACCGCGGCCCUCACCGCGACCUAGCUCUGUCUGCCUAUAUGUAUACUGAUGCCGUUCCCCUGGCCGGAUCACAACAGUAUUGAUUAGGCCAACCAUGGCGACCGCCGCGGCCAACAGUGGAGGGGGCAACAACAUCAAAGUUGUUGCCCGUUUCCGUCCGCAGAAUAAAGUCGAGAUUGGAAAUGGCGGAACACCAAUCGUCCAGUUUGUUGGAGACGAUACCUGCCAGCUCCAAUCCUCCGAAACCAAUGCCCCAUUCACAUUCGAUCGUGUCUUUGGCAUGAACUCUCAGCAGGCCGAUAUCUUUGACUUUUCCAUUCGAUCCACCGUCCAAGAUGUCAUGAAUGGCUACAACGGCACCGUUUUCGCCUACGGUCAGACCGGCGCGGGAAAGUCAUAUACCAUGAUGGGUGACAUGGACGACCAAGAGAAAAAGGGUAUCAUUCCCAGAAUUACUGAACAAAUCUUCGACUCUAUCCUUGUUCAUGGUUCUGCUCAAGUUGAGUAUACUGUCGGUAUCUCCUAUCUCGAAAUAUACAUGGAAAAGAUCCGCGAUCUUCUUAACCCCGUCAUGGACAAUCUUCCUAUCAACGAAGGCCCUAGAGGUCCCUAUGUCAAAGGUCUAAGAGAAAUUUACGUCAAUACCGUCGAUGAAGUCUACACUGCCAUGCACCUUGGUCAAAGAUCCCGAGUCACAGCCUCCACAAACAUGAAUCUUGAGUCGUCGCGAUCCCACUCCAUCUUCCUUGUCACAAUAAACCAAAAAGAUAUCAACACCGGUUCUCAGAAGAGCGGUAUGCUCUACCUCGUCGAUUUGGCUGGUUCUGAAAAGGUUGGCAAGACUGGCGCAACAGGUCAAACCCUAGAAGAGGCAAAGAAGAUCAACAAGAGUUUGAGCGCCCUUGGAAUGGUCAUUAACGCCCUCACCGACGGCAAAUCGUCACACGUUCCCUAUCGCGACUCCAAAUUAACCAGAAUCCUGCAAGAAAGCUUGGGAGGUAAUUCUCGGACUACCCUCAUCAUCAAUUGUUCUCCCAGCAGCUACAACGACACCGAAACUAUCAGUACUCUCCGUUUUGGCAUGCGAGCAAAGACUAUCAAGAACAAGGCAAAGGUCAAUGCCGAACUCAGCCCUGCCGAACUCAAACGCCUCCUCAAGAUUGCCCAGAACCAAACCAUUUCUUUCGAACGAUAUAUCGCCUCUCUCGACUCAGAACUGCAGCUGUGGAGAUCCGGCGAGACUGUUGCCAAAGACAAAUGGGUCCAACCUCUGGCCGGACUCUCAUCUCGCACAGAUUCAAAGACACGCCCUGAAACCCCCUCGCGUACUCCUUCUGAUCUUUUGAGGUCUGACACACCCAACCGUCCCGACUCCCGCAUGGGCGAACGUUCCAGCACACCUAGCAUUAUACUCGAGAAGGACGAACGAGAAGAGUUCUUACGUCGCGAAAACGAGCUGCAGGAUCAGCUCACCGAGAAAGAAACUCAAGUCGCCAACGCCGAGAGAAGUCUACAGGAGGCCCGUGAAGAGCUCAAGACUUACAAAGAAGGCUCCCUGCGCACCACCAAAGAGAAUGAGUUAUUGUCAGACAAAUUUAAUAAGACUCAGCUUGAACUCCAGAAGCUCUCGUACCAGAGCAAAGAAGAUAGCAUCACCAUGGACAGUCUCAAGGAAGCCAACUCUGAAUUAGAGAAUGAGCUGCACUCGGUGAAACAACAACUUCUCGACCUGAAGAUGAGCGCCAGAGAAACUACCGCAGCCCUCGACGAAAAGGACCGCAAAAAGCAACAGAAAAUGGCCAAGAUGUUGGCUGGCUUCGACCUUGGCGACAACACCUUUUCAGCAAAUGAAGAUCGAAUGCGAGAAAUGCUCGAUCAAGUUGAUAACCUCCACGCUGCCAGCAUCAGUGGCGAGAGCAUCCCAUCGCAUGUGCUAGAAGACCUGAGAGCUAAGCUGCUAGAGUCACAGAAUGUGGUACGGCAGGCCGAGUUAUCAUUAAAUGAGCACGCCGAAGCCGAUAAUGAGCCUCGCUCUCUGGCUUUGGAAGAGAGACUUUCUAUGGUCCAGCAGGAAUACGAAGAGGUGCUCACCCGAAAUCUAGGUCCAGAUGAUGUCGAAGAAAUCAAAGCGCGUCUCGAGCAGAUCUACUCUGAUCGUCGCGAAACUCAGACUGACAUCAUUAACGACUUGCGGGAUCAAGUUCUACACAAAUCGCAGGACCUGGAGAAGCUUCAAAAGUCCCUGACCGACCUACAAAGUCGACCCACCGCCAAUGGUACAGGGCCUAAUGGCGUUGUCAGCAAGACCCUACAGCAGCAGAUUGCCGACUUUGACCUCAUGAAAAAGAACCUAAUGCGUGACCUCCAAAACCGCUGCGAGCGCGUCGUUGAACUGGAGAUUUCUCUCGAUGAAACCAGAGAACAAUAUAAUAAUGUCCUUCGUUCCAGCAACAACCGCCAGCAACAGAAGAAGAUGGCAUUCUUGGAACGCAACCUAGAGCAAUUGACUGUGGUCCAGCGACAACUGGUCGAUCAGAAUACCAGUCUUAAGAAGGAAGUUGCCAUUGCAGAGCGCAAGUUGAUCGCCCGAAACGAACGAAUCCUGAGUCUUGAGAGUCUGCUGAACGACAGUCAAGAGAAGUUGACGCAGACAAAUCACAGAUUCGAGGCUCAACUUGCCGCUGUCAAGGAACGUCUUGAAGCCGCAAAGAUCUCGUCGCGCAACAUGGCUACAGGUGGCAUGGGCGCUGGAGCUAGCGUGGGAGGCUUCAACUCUCUUAUGAAUGCAGGCGCCCGGAUAGCUAAGCCUCUGCGAGGAGGUGGUGGCGCUGCCGCCAACGUCGAUGGUGCUUCAGGGGGAAUGAUGAACGGCGCUCCUUCUAUACCCAUUAUUUCUAGUCUCGCGGGUGGGGACAACAACAAUAAGCGAACUAGCUGGUUCUUCAACAACCGGUGAGAUGGAUGUGGUUAUAUGACAUUACGUUUUGAAUGGUCAACCCGCAUGAGCGAAUGGGAUACUCAGCCAUACAUGGGUUGUGAUGAUGCACGGCGAUAUGUACAUUAUCUCACCUAGACUUAGAGAGCCUGUGCAUGUUUAAUCACCCAAUGUACACUCUUUGGAUCAAUCAACUCUGACACUUGAGAUCUCCAGACGAUUUGUUUCCAUGUCUAGCAAACAGUGCUUCCCCCACGUGAGCAAUGGAUGAUACUGGUUCCACUGGUGAUGCUGACGUUGGUUUGAUGGGCAAAGCCAUUAUCCAUCAUUCUGCAACGAAUGACAGAUAUGACGACAGUCCACCCUAGAAAUGAUGAGCUGCAGAGAAUUGUGUGACAUGUUCUAUUCUCGGCUGACCAUGGCCAUUGGCACCAUCCGAGUCCCUUGUCUUCCC